GUCACACUGGUGUGGUGACAACUUGUCACUGACAAGUCAUGAUAAUUUUUUGUAAAGCAAUAUAUUUAUCGCCAUGGAUGACUCGUUUUUCGGCUUUGACACAAAUCUACCGGACGAUGAAAGUGGGGAUGGACGCAUAGGUGAGGCGGAGUACGAUGCCCUCAAUGACGAAACUUUUGGAUCGGCGAUAAAUGGCGACUGGGAGGAGGCCCAUGAGACGAUGGUGCGGCUGGGCGGGAAUGGCGAAAGGGUACGCAAGCGGCCAGCGGAGUCCAGCGGAAGUACAGAGUUCGCUGAUCACGGCAACGGCUCUUUUUUGAGGCACGGCCAUCCGCUCUCUUCGGCGCCCUCGUCUAGCGGCUCCACUCCGGCCCCGUUUAAUGUCCCCUUCCGGCAGUCGCGGCACAUCGGCGACUCCGAUCUAGAGCUGAACCUCUCUUCGAUGAAGCUGGACGACAUGGACCUAUCCACGUUCGCGGCUGACAACGAAGCCGGUGGCCUGAGCAAUAGAAUAAAACUGGACUCAGGCGUCUGGGGAUCGCAGACUUUUCCCAAUAACCAAAAUUUGUUCCGAGAGCCCAUGCAUAGUGCAUUCAAACCGCAGCAACAGCAACAACAUAUUCAGCAUCAGCAACAACAGAUGAAGCCUCAGCAGGAGGCGAAUACCAACUUUCCACUGCCUCCACAGGCUUUCCCCAAGAUUACAACCCUCGAGGACAUAGAACGGAAUAUGAUUAUACAGCAAGCCAUGCCCAAACAGCAACAACAGCCAAAUCAGCCACAAAUCGAGCGCAAGAUGUUCGAUGAUUUCAGCCAGGGCAACAGGCAGCAGGUGGCCACGCCAACCAUCUUGCAGCAGCAACAAUUGCAGCAGCAGCUUCAACAACAUCAAAUGCAGCAGCAGAAACAACAGUCGCAUCAACAGCCUCCACAACAAACGCAGCACAAGGCACCUCCUGGUUUUAUGGGAACGCCGCAGACCUCUCCACCUAGGCCAAAUUUGGGUUUUCCUGGUCCCCAUCCACUGUCCGAGCUACUGCCCACACCGCCUUCGCAGCAACAACAACUGAACGGCAUGGGUGGAAACCGAGUACCACCUGGUUUUAUUUACCCCCCAGGUUUGCCCGGGAAUAUGCCGCAGCAUCCGCUAAUGCCGCAGCAUAUGCCACCAAAUUUUCCACUCCCCGGCGGUAACCAGCGACCACUACCCAAUCCGCAUGCCCUGCCCACGGCAUUGAACAACUUUGCCAUGCAUCCGAGCUUCAAUGCAAUGCGUGCCGCUGGUGUGCAUCCACCGCCUUUCUUGCAAAUGCCCCAUCAGCAUCAGAUUCCACCGCGAAUGCUACCGCUACCCCUGCAAGGGGGCAACAGCCUACUAGGUCAACAGCCACCGAACUCCAUGUACAACAUGUUCAACAUGCGUUUGGUGCAGGAGAUCCAGCAGAACCAUCCGCUACUUCAGCAGGCAGCAGUGGUACGACAAAUGCAACAGAGCCGAUCCGGAUCUGUGGCCAGCGAUCGCCAAAAGACCCAGAUGCAACAGCAACAACUAGGACGACGUCCAGAUGGUACGGGUAAUUAUCCGCUGGAAGAGUACGAUGAGUAUGCCAACCUGAUGAGCACACGCGAUAAGCACUGGCUAAUCGGAAUCCAGCUGUCGCAGCUGAACACGGAUACGCCGUAUAUCGACGACUACUACUAUACGGUGUUCAGGGAGCGCAAGGCCCAGCAGAACGGGCAGAUGCGAAACAGCCAGGCGCACAAGGACAAUCAGCUGAAUCAUCCGCUGACCCAGCCACGCGGGCAUGCGCAGCUUAUUCUCGUGCAGUUGGGCAACAAAAAUGGCACACGCAAUGGACACGGACGUGAACGUCGCAACUCGGAGAACGCCAAUAGUACAGCAGGCAGCACGAACAACGGUUCAGGUGGGAAUAACAACAACAACCUGACAGGCUAUAUAUUCUCGCCUCUGAAAUUCGAGAAUUCGCUUGGAAAACUGCAGUACGGAAGUGUAACAGCGCCGCGAAAAAUCAUCGAUGCUGAUAUAAUGAGUGGUGAAUCAAAUGCAGAUGCCAAUCCGACUUCACCCUCCACGAGCUCGACUCCGUUGCCUCAUUCUGCGAGCCAUGAUGUUAAUCCCAGCAGCAUGCGAAAGUCACGACAUAUUCUUCUUUUGAUCGAGACGCUGUAUCGUUAUUUGCUGAAAUUAGAGGAUCUAGAGAGCCCGGAGGUAAUGGCCACCAUAGAGUUAAAAAAGAAAAAGGAGGCCGAGCGCAUUGCAGCCCUUGAGCAGCUAGAAAUGGCAAAUAAAACACCCGAAGAGCGUGCCGCUGAAGCCGCUAAUCCGCAGACCAUGAAUCCGCAGCUGAAGAACAAGUUCAACUAUGAAGUAGAGACGAACGCUGCGCUGGUCAAUAAGUUAAAAGCUGGUCUGGCUUUUGAAAAGGUGGUGUCCAUGAUGAAUGUGCGCAAAGGAAAGAUACUUCUCCGUCGGAUUAUGCCCUUCAUCGCGGAUCAAAACAUUCGUUGGAUCGUGUGGAGCGGUGUAUUCUGUUCCCUGCAGACAGUGGUGAAAAAGGACAAAGACGACGUUGAAGGAGUUUUGUACGCGCUCUAUCCAGAGUUUAAGAAACACAUAAACCACGCCACUUUUGAAAUCCUAGUGAGCAUUUCAGCUGCCAUUACGCUGAAUGACAAAAAACUGACUGGAAUCUUCUGCAGUCGCUUCGGAAUCCUAUCGUUGGUUGCCCUGAUACUUCGGGCCGAGGAAAUAUACGUUUCCCAAACUGAUGCAACUCUUAGUGAGGAGAACAGACAGAAAUGGCGGGAGUUCCUGGCACAGGUCGCGUCCUGCCUCAACCGCACUAUUCAAAACCAGACCAUAUCGGCUGCCAUCGAGUCGGAUGCGAUUCAACCGCUUAUGCACCAUUUCGAUCGGUUUAAAGAUCUUAAGCUGGAUGCCCUCUUAGCAUUAAUAACUGAAGCCAGGCAUCAAAUUGAUUAGGUUUGCUUUGCAAGAUUUUCAUUUCACUUGAUUGAGCGUUUUAAAUGAUUGUGAAAUUAUGUAGCCGAGUUCGCAUUGCUUUACUCAAUUACGCAUAUGUUUGUAUAAAUUAUGUAUACAAUACUCACAUAUGCAUGACCGUGUUUACUUUUACGCAUACUACACAAAAACUUAUUGAUACAGGGUAUAAAAAAUCUCAUACUGAAAUUGAGAAACUACUCAACUGUCAAUAAAUUUUGAUAAUAGUUUGUUAGAAACGUUCUUUUAUCCAAAAUUAUGUGCACUGUACAAGAGAGGUAGAGAGAAAGAGAAAAGGAGAGCAUGUUUUAUAAAUAAAAUAUCGAAUGGUUAGUUUUGCCCAUUGUACAUACUUAUGUCAUUUUAUAUUUGAUAAGGAGUACUUUUCCGGCAUUUCUGUAGAGAUUUCUAAAGAAUAAUCGACCCUCUGUGUAAAUUAAUAUUCUGGUAAUAUUCUUUUUUUUUUUUUGUCAUCGAAAUAACAACUGGGCUUUCAAUGUAUGUAACUUAUACCCCUGUUAAUAAGGGAAUAUGAUAAAUACGUUUAAAAUUUUUAAGCACCGAUAUAUAUAUAUAUAUAUGCGCGAUUCAUGCAUACUCAUUUAAACGCGCAGCUACAAAUAUAUCAACCUUUUUUCUGGUAUUUGUAAAUAUCGUUUUUUUUGAAAUUUUUUACAAUAAUACAUUUUGGGUUUCAUUGAAUCAAAUUUGUGCAAGACCCAUUAAAUAUAUAAUCGAGACAUUCAGCAUAAAUGUGUACUAAAUAAUUAGCAUUGUGAGAGAAGGUACGGUCAAAAGCGUGUUUAUUAUAACAAAAUGAUCAAAAUUGUGAUACAUUUUGACUUUUAAACGUAAACGAAAACCCGAUGGUCGGAAUGAAUUAGUUUAACCCAAAAAAAAAAAAAUCAACAAAUUUGAAAUUAAAAAAAAAUACUGCAAUUUUCAUCAAAACUUCUGUAAAGCAACGGAGAGAUAUUUGUUGUAAGAAUCCGUUGUGGAGCAUUUUAAUUUUAUUUCGUUUUUAAUUUUAUCUACACUAUCAUUUCAAUGUUGUUUUAAGUAAUUUUUUAAAAAACGAAAUUCAUGUUUUGUAUCUGAAAGGAAAGACAAGAGUUUGGCAAACACUUCAAAAACUAUUGCUUUUUAAGCAAACAAGAGUCAAAAUACGAUAGGUGUUUAAGAUUGUAAACGCAUAUACAAUAAUUAUUGUAGUUUUAUUUGUAUUUAUCACACGCAAAAACACGUCAAACAUUUAACAUAAAUAUGUUCGCAGAUUCAAAGGCAAACUUUUAAAAUUGAUAUAAUUUCAAGGAGUAUAAUAAAUAAAACAUACCAUUUCACAGAACACACCGAA